AUGGAGUCUGACACAGAAUCUGAAGUGUCAUUGAGCAUAGAAACUUGUGUAUCUUGCUAUAGGGCCGAGGAGACUCCGGACAAUCGUUUUAUUCAUCCAUGUUCUAGUUGUUCUGCCGCAUAUCACCAGAGGUGUUUUGUGAUGGAAUGCAAAGCAGGAUUAAUUCAGGAACAGUUUAUCCGGAAACGAGGUCUAUCGACAAACUUUAUACGACCUAAAAGCCUGAGACUCACAUUUCUCGGAAACCUUUUAUUGAGCAACCUAAGAUAUGUUAAUACUAUUACCUUGUCAUGUUCUAAUUGCUACAACAUAAUCCUUGUCUACGGAAAACCUCCAACUCUUUUGGAGAAAAUGCAAGAUAUAAAAAACUGUUUCUUUAAAUGGUGCAGCCGUGCCGCAACAUACAUUGUACUUGGAAUAAAACUUCUAACAAUGAAUACAAUCUUAUCAGGAGGUUUAGUCGGCCAACUUUUCUGGGAUUUUGGUCCAAGGGGUAAGUUAUUAUUACUCGAUGCUUCGUUAUUUCCACACAUGGUCUAUUCUUUGACAUCGCCAAAUGUUGGAAUUGCUAACGUGUUGCUGGCAAGUGGGUAUACCUUGUUUGAUUUUGGUACCGGUCGUUCGAGAUUACGGAGUACAGUUCGGAAAUUGUUGCAAGUUAAACUAUGUGCUGGCUUGUUCUAUAACGCAAUAAUCAAUCGGUACUUUUUGGGGUCAUUUAGAGCUACUAUUCCUGCUAUUUAUGGUGCAAGAAUCGAGUGCGUUGAUGCGUGGAGUAUACAGCACUACAGAAAUUCUUAUGAAGAAGAUGAAGUAUACGAAAGUUUUACCUUUACAGAGAAGGUAAUGAGAUUCUUUUAUGACACCUGGUGGUCAUUCAAGGAAGAUUUUGGUAAAUUAUACAAGAUACAACCUACGGAUUUUAUAAUGAGCCAUAUCGGAGGGCUGGUAUGUUAUGGGUCAGGUUUGUUACUGAGGACAGUUGCAACACCGUAUUUUUCAAAUAUAUACUACACCGAUGGGGAGAACUUGGCUUACACAACUCUAGUCGGAAUCGCAGGCGCACAAGCGAUGUAUUACUUGGUUUCUAAUUUCGACGCAAUUAUGAUAUCAGUGAGCUAUAAAUGUUUAAAGCCAAAGGAUCCUUCACAGCUUGGAUUUUCAUUCAAAGAUUUGAUGUCAUAUUGUAUAGCACUAUUUUUGAAUGCAAACAAGUGA